UUUUGAGUCACCAAGGCUUGAUGGCACUCUCCAUUUGUCGACCACCUAUUCUCCAUGACUGCUCCGCUCAAUCGCUUCCCCGAGGACUGAAGUCACAAAUCCACAAAUAAACGAGCGAAGAAAUAAAAGCUAUGGGCGCAUACUACGACGAAAUCGAAAUCGAAGACAUGGCGUGGGACGCAGAUAAAGGUGUAUACCACUACCCAUGCCCAUGCGGAGACAGAUUCGAGAUAUCUAGAAAGCAAUUGGCCAAUUACGAGGACCUUGCUACUUGUCCAAGUUGCAGCUUGAUCAUAAGGGUUGUUUACGAUCCACUGGACUUCGAGGACGAGGAAGAAGAAGAAGAAGAAUCAGUCUCUUCCUCUGAGAGCGACGAUGAACCAUUUGAGGAUGCAAUGGAGAAGCUGACUCUCAACGGGUCUGACUGAGAUGCAUCUUGUAGAGUUUCCAUCUGUUAUGUGUAGUCUGCUUUCCGUAUCAUUACAGCCCUUCAGAUUGUAAUGUUAGUAGUGUUGUUGGGCGCACGGCGCGACCUUCGUUUCGAAGAUCCAGUACUCCGGUAGUUGCCAAACACU